CCAGCCAACAGGGUGCUAUGGCAACACAGGAAGAUCAGCUGAGUUAGUUUAACUCUUUUGUUUGUCCCAUCGGACAUUAGUUGAUAUUUAGCUAGCUGUUGGUAAAUGCAAUUUAGAAACUGAGAAUUCUGGUUUAGUUUUUUUUUUUGUCAAUGGAUGUGACUUCCAACGUAAGCUGAGCUUGUAUGUUUGUUUAGAUUAGCCGAGUAACUUACCUACAGCGAGAGGGUGGGAGUUUGUAACUUAGCGUCUGUAUGUAACAUGAGAGUGAAUAGCAGUGCUGUGCUUGUUUUAGUGUCAGCUGAUAAACAUGUCAUGAAACUACAACAGUUACAUAAGCUAUGGUUAUACAAGUGCUGUAAUUAACUGUCACGUAGCUAGAGCUAAUUUAGCUAUCUUUUUAGUGCUGUUUCGGAAGUGCAAGCUAGCACCUUCAUUUAUCGCAACGUAUUUAUCAUACGCUGUACACAGCAAACUAUCAGUCAGUGUUAGCCAUUUUUGAGCUAUCAUGUCCGCAGACCAGACUCUGUCCCAGGCGACUGGAGCAAACGGGCUCCUCUGCGGACAGCGCGCUAAGUCCUACGGCAGCUUGGUUAGCUCCUCUGUGUCCCCAGUACGGCAGAAACGACUCAAGCACAAAGUCCAGCCUGGAGAAACUUUACAAGGAUUGUCGCUAAAAUACGGCGUGUCUAUGGAGCAAAUCAAAAGGGCAAACAGACUGUACACCAAUGAUUCGAUUUUCUUAAAGAAUGUCCUCUUCAUCCCUGUCCUAACUGAGUCACUAUCAUUUACUAAUGACAAGGAACUGUAUGAAGAAGACUCAAGUGAUCAAAAUCAUCAGGUCCGUGUUGAGAAUGGCAAAACAGAGUCAGAAAGUCAGGAAGUGACUCCAGAUAUUUCUCCAUCAGACUAUUUGAAAAGGAUGGAUAGCUUGAUUAAUCAGUCUAAACAAGCGGCCAUAAAGACAUGCCAAGAAGGAGACAAAAAGUUUUUUUUAACCGAACAUGUCCGGUACAGCAGUCAGGACUUCCGCAAUUGUCAGCAGGCCGUGUUGGGCUCUGUGCCACUCACCAUCACCAAACAUACCAAGAAACUGAAGGACAGAGAGGAUGAGAUUUUUCAGCUCUGAUGCUGACUGUUUAACACAACUGGGUGAUUAGUGUGACGUGUUUACUCAGGAGAAAAUGAAAUGCAAAGGCUGUGUGGACUGGGAACUGAUUUCACUGAGAGAAGGACUGAUUUAUUCAGGCUGCAAGGAUCUUUAAUCACUUGGUGAACAAUGUGUUGUGGAAUUGAUGUUCACUGCCACCUGGAUGUGCUAAUAUGACCUUGGGGCAAUGGGCCAUGUUGGCAUUCUAGCCUAAUUGUUUACAGAGUGAAAAUGAAACACUGGACAUGUUUUUGGGUUGAGGUGCAUUGUUGACAGAGUACAUAUUGCUGAGUAAUCACCAGUAUGCAAAUGUGGUGCAAAUCCCAAUUGAAACUUUAUUUAGAUAUCAAGGAAAAGAUAAGCUAUAUAUUUGGUCUAGCCAAAAUAUUAAUGUCCCUUAACCAAGUCUAUACAUCUGAUGAGUUUACAAGGUUACCUUGAUUUUGUUCUCAUAUUUUAUGUGAUAGGGCAUAUUUUAGAUUUAGUCACAUAGCUGUUACACUGUAAGGGAAUAUUUCACUUAGCAAGAUUUGCUUAAUUAACCAGGUUUAUGCCAAAAGAAAAAGUGUUCAGUAGGACUGUAUUCCCAGAUUAUUAAAUAAUCAUAUUUAAAACACCUCCUUAAAGGCAUUAUGAGUUACAUAACAAAACAUAGCCUAAAUGCAAUACUUCUGCCUUCUUUGUCACUGUGAGUCAGCCACUUGGUAGGUUAUAUGCAAUGGCUUCUGUUUUUCUUCAGUAGAAAUGGCAUGCUAUUCAGGCAAUUUUUAUUUAUUUUUUUUACCUUUGUUUUAAAUAUGUAGUUAAGAGUGAUCAGCAGUGCCAUCAGCCCAGGUAAAGUGAAUGUAAUAGGGGUGUAAACCCAGUGGUAAAGCUAUAUCUGUGUAGUACCCAAAACAAUUGUUUCUGUAUUUUGACUUGAACCUGAGGUAAUUCAGUAAUUCCCUUUCUACCUUGACAUGCCCAGUUCUCUGGUAUUGGGUCAAUCUGAAGCUUUUUUCUGAUUUGUCUCACUAAGAAGUGGUUUUCCUAUGGGUACAUAGCUGUUAGUUGCAAUCCUUUGAGUUGUACAUGUUUAAAUGCUCUUAGUUUUACUAUUAAAUAUGCUUGUGAUUUCUACUUCUAAAAAAACUACAAAACUUUACCAAGUGUUUCAGAAAUUUCCAAUCAUGGUUAUUUAUUGUGUUUCUCAUAACCACAUUUCUUUCGCAAAGUUGACGAUUUACCCAUGUCUUUAAAGGUAUUAACAAGGUGGUCUUGAACCAAUGCCAAGAAUUCCAACAGUGUCUUAGUUGCUGGAUCGAGGUUUUGCAGGAAAUAGUUUUUCUUUUGUCCCAGCAGUGUAUUUUCCUUAUUAUUAUAAACAAAAUUUAAAGCAUGUUAAGCGUGACUAGACAAUUAGUAAAGAUGGCAGCAUGUUCUUGUUCAUGAAUGUGGUCU